GAACGCGAGGGCAAAGAGGAUAGCUUUCGGGUUGGCGUGGUGAAGGAGAUGAUGGUGGUGCUGUAGAUCUGCAGGUGAAGGAACGGGGUGGAUCUGUGGUUGGUUGGGAGAGUUUGAGUGGAAUCCGAGAGGCAGAAGGGUCUUGGCUGCUGGAGUGGUGUGGAGGAUUUCUGGUAUGGAGCAGGUGAUUGUGGCCGAGGCUUGGGAUAUGGGAGAGAGCUGCGGAGAGGGGGGAGCUGCUAGCGUGGUUAGUGAUUCCACGCUGCUUACUCCUACAAUACUCUUCAAUAAUCAAUGCAGACAUUCAGCUAUAUAGCUAGCUAUGGAAGUGUCUGACUUUAUUAAUUAAUUUUCGGCAGGAAGAAGGCAGAAGAGCAAUGGCAAGAAUAUAGAAGAUGGUGUAACAACCGGCAGAGGAGGAAGGCAGAAGCAGCCAUGCAAAUCUCGCACGACUAACUGAGAGAUUUGUUUCCAUGAGUUGUAAAUCUCGCAGCACUCAAACUCCUGCCGCCACGCGUCACCUUCCCAUUCGUCAACAAAUCUCGUAAUAUGUGAGAUUAUCUAAGUAUUAUUUUGAAAAUUUUUUUUUUUAAAUAGAAUAUUAUUGAAUAUUUUAUUUUAUUUUAUUUUAAUUAUAAAACUGGAAAAAACUCUUGAUUAUUGCCAUCAUUCUUUGGGCUGGUCCGGGCCGAAAGCAGCCCGGAUGGGGCAAAUGGGCAAAUGCCAAUGGGCAGGUGAAUACAUGAUAGGAUCCAACCCAAUUGUCCCGUCCUCCUCGAGCGCCAAGUUCCCAUUAUCCACAAUCACCACGCCACACGCGUCCUUCUUCCUUCUUCAAACCUCUUUCCCCUGUAAAUUUUCCUGUCCAAAUUUCGCGCUGGAAAGAGGCCAAUCCACUCAGUAGAGUCAUUUUCAUUCAUUUUCUUGCUCUCCAAACACUCCUGUAGCGCCCUUCCCACUCAUUCGAAGGUCAUGCGGCUUCAUUCGUCAUUAUGACUCUGUCGUCGCCUUCUCUCUCCAUUUCUAACCCUUCACCUGUUUCAUCAACACCCCUCAGAAAUCUCCAUGGCAGUCGACAAUCAAACUCCAAACCUCACCUAUUCCCAUUUCCCGCCAAAAUCACUGACUUCUCCAACCACCGGAGAUUCCUCUCCGGCGAUGGGAGAUUCCCUUCCGAUCCCGGGAAAGCCAGAGCCAGAGCUAAAGAGCUCAUCCUCGGCAGGCCCUCCGUCACCAUUGAGAAAGGAAAGUACAGCUAUGACGUCGAAACCUUAAUCAACAAUCUCAGUAGUCUUCCGCCGCGAGGCAGCAUUGCCCGAUGCCUCGACGUGGUCAAGAACAAGCUCUCCCUCAACGACUUCGCGCUCGUCUUCAAGGAGUUCGCGCAGCGCCGCGAUUGGCAGCGAUCGCUUCGCCUUUUCAAGUAUAUGCAGCGCCAGGUCUGGUGCAAGCCCAACGAGCACAUAUACACCAUCGUGAUCGGCGUGUUCGGCCGCGAAGGGUUGCUCGACAAGGCACAGGAGAUAUUCGACGAAAUGCCCGCUCAGGGUAUAAUUCGCAGCGUUUUCUCUUUCACCGCAUUGAUUAAUGCCUAUGGCCGGAAUGGCCAGUAUGAGACGUCCCUUAAACUUCUUUCUCGAAUGAAGCGAGAGAAGAUCUCUCCCAGUAUUCUAACUUAUAAUACUGUGAUCAAUUCUUGUGCUAAAGGGGGUUUGGAUUGGGAGGGACUAUUGGGUUUGUUUGCGGAAAUGCGGCAUGAUGGUGUACAGCCUGAUCUUGUUACUUAUAAUACUCUGCUUAGUGCAUGCGCUAGUAGGGGUUUGGGUGAUGAAGCGGAGAUGGUAUUUAGGACAAUGAAUGAGGGUGGAGUUCUACCUGAUAUCACUACAUACAGAUAUCUUGUUGAGACAUUUAGGAAACUGGUUAAACUUGAGAAAGUUUCUGGGCUUCUCAGGGAGAUGGAGGAAGAAGGUAAUAUGCCAGAUGUAUCGUCAUAUAAUGUGUUAUUAGAGGCUUAUGGACGAUCGGGGUCUAUUGAAGAGGCAACAGGUGUGUUUAGGCAAAUGCAGGCGGCUGGGUGUAUGCCAAAUGCAGCUACUUACAGUAUUUUGUUGAACUUGUAUGGGAGGCAUGGGAGGUAUGAUGAUGCCAGGGAGCUUUUUGUUGAGAUGAAGGUGAGCAAUACAGAGCCUGAUUCUUCUACUUAUAACAUUUUAAUACAAGUUUUUGGUGAGGGUGGGUAUUUUAAGGAGGUGGUUACUUUGUUCCAUGACAUGUUGGAGGAGAAUGUUGAGCCAAAUAUGGAGACAUAUGAGCGGUUGAUAUUUGCUUGUGGCAAAGGAGGGCUUCAUGAAGACGCUAAGAAAAUUUUAUUACACAUGAAUGAGAAGGGGGUUGUGCCAAGUUCAAAGGCUUAUACUGGGGUUAUUGAAGCUUAUGGACAGUCUGCAAUGUAUGAUGAUGCUCUUGUUGCCUUUAACACAAUGCAUGAGGUGGGGAGCAAUCCCACUGUUGAGACUUACAAUUCUAUGAUUCAUACAUUUGCAAAGGGUGGGCUAUACAAGGAGUGUGAAGUUAUCUCGUUGAGAAUGGGUGAAUCUGGCAUUGUGCGGAAUAGAGAUUCAUUCAAUGGUAUGAUAGAAGCUUUUAGACAGGGCAGCCAAUUUGAAGAAGCUAUGAAGGCUUAUGUUGAGAUGGAAAAGGCAAAAUGUGAUCCAGAUGAACAGACCCUUGAGGCAGUUUUGAGUGUUUACUGUUGUGCAGGUCUUGUCGAUGAGAGUGAGGAGCAGUUCCAAGAAAUUAAAGCCUUGGGAAAAUUGCCCAGCAUCAUGAGCUACUGCAUGAUGCUGGCAGUUUAUGCAAAGACUGACAGGUGGGAUGAUGCCUUCAAGUUGAUGGAUGAGAUGUCCACUAGUAGAAUAUCAAAUAUUCAUCAAGUGAUUGGGCAGAUGAUCAUGGGAUACUUUGAUGAUGACUCUAACUGGCAGAUGGUAGAAUAUGUCUUUGACAAACUUAAUGCUGAAGGCUGUGGUUUGGGAAUGAGGUUCUACAACACACUUUUAGAAGCACUGUGGUGGUUGGGCCAGAAGCAACGGGCUGCAAGGGUGCUCAAGGAAGCCAAUAGGAGGGGGCUUUUUCCUGAACUUUUUCGUAAAAACAAACUUGUGUGGUCUGUGGAUGUACACAGGAUGUGGGAAGGCGGUGCACAUACAGCAAUAUCAGUUUGGCUGAACAAUAUGCAUGAAAUGUUCACAAAUGGAGAGGAUCUUCCCCAACUAGCAACUGUUGUCGUGGUACGGGGAUGGAUGGAGAAAAGUGCAGUAAUACGUGAUUUUCCUGUUGUGAAGGCUGCAUAUUCAUUUUUGAGGGAUAAUGUGUCAUCUUCGUUUUGUUUUGCUGGAUGGAACAAGGGUCGAAUUGUCUGCCAGCAGCCUCAGCUCCGGAGGGUUUUAUCAGUUACGCAACCAUCUUCUGAUGGGUACAGUAAGGGUCACAUGAUUACUUUAAGCAACUCCCCCUUUCCUCCUCGGGGAAUGAGGACAUCCACAAGUGAUGUGAAGAGAGGCCAAUAUAGUAAUGCUGAUGCUGAAACAAGCAUUAAGAUGGGAGCAGAGCCUAUGAUGAGCACAGUUUAGAUUUUAGAUAGAUCCAAAACUGCAUUCAUCAGUUCUCAGGGUCCACAAUUUGGCUUGGAAUCUUGUCUCUCCAUUCCAGUUGAAAGGAGCUGUGCAACGGAGGGCUGAUUUUCUGAUGUUUCUACAUGGUGGGGAAUGAUUUGCAGUUAGUUUGAACUUGAAAAUCAGCUUGCCCAUAUUGUCAGAAAUGUCCUAGGAGUGGGAUAUAAUGCUCUUCUACAUACUUCAUGUGGCUCCUUUGGUGCUGGUGCUUGCCAUUUUGAUUCAAAGCCAGUUUUGGUCCUUGGCUUUGUAAACGGCCGCCCCCCUAAAUCAUAUUUAUAUGUACAUUAAAUUUCAACCAGUCAAUUCAAUUUUGUAACAAAAGUGUAGUUCUUGUUCAGAAACAAAAGGCUUCUAUGUUACAUGUAAUACGAAAAGAAGGCAACCCUUCAAUAAAUUAUCCCAAA